AUGGAAAAUAAUAGUAGUAUUAAAUUACCAACCAGUUUAUUUAAUAAUAAGCCAUAUAAUCACUUAGAAACUAUUUCUAAAUUAUCAACUGAUCCAACCAAAGUUAACGAUCCACCAGUUAUAAUUGAAAAACCAGAGGGUAUGAAGUUAGAAAAGAAAAUUAUAACAAAAAGAGAUUUAAGAUCAUUCCACACUUCAUCAACAUAUGGCGAGUUAUUAAAUUUUGUAAUACAAUUAUCAUUAGAUUGCCAAGGAAAAUCAUUAAAAAAUGAUUUACCACUUACAAAUAACGUUAAAUUAUUACUAGAGUUAUUAGAAAAGUUAAAUCAAUUUGUUAGAGAUAUUCCACCUAAACCAAUUAGAACUAGAUUUGGUAAUGAAUCAUUUGUAGAGUGGAUAGAUUUAAUUGAAAGAGAAGCACCUAAAAUUUUAUUUAAUUUAUUAAACAAUAAAGCAAUUGAUGAACCUAUAGAGCAAGAAAUACCAUUAUAUUAUCAAGAGAUAUCAGGCUAUUUAACUCAUAGUUUUGGUGAUAAAUCAAGAAUUGAUUAUGGCAGUGGUCAUGAGUUAAACUUUAUUUGUUUCUUAUUUUGUUUAGUUAAAAUUGGAUUUUUAAAAAGAGAAGAAUAUCAAUUAUUAGUAUUAAAGGUAUUUUUUGGAUAUUUAAAUUUAAUGAGAGUAUUACAAGAAAACUAUUGGUUAGAGCCAGCUGGUUCUCAUGGUGUAUGGGGUUUGGAUGACUAUCACUUUUUACCAUUUUUAUUUGGAUCAUCACAAUUAAUCGAACAUAAAUAUAUCAGACCAAAAUCAAUUAGAAAUGACGAAAUUAUAAACUCAAGUUUUGCAGAAGAGUAUAUGUAUUUAGGUUGUAUCCAUUUCAUUAAUAAGGUUAAAACAGGUGGUAGUUUAUUAGAGCAUUCUCCAAUGUUGGUCGAUAUCAGCGGUGUUAAAAACUGGUCAAAGGUUAAUGAAGGAAUGAUUAAAAUGUAUAAACAAGAAGUUUUAAAUAAAUUACCAAUUAUGCAACAUUUAUUAUUUGGUUCCAUUCUUCCAUAUAUAGAUAAUCCAGAUGUCAAAGAAGAACCUUCUGAAUUAGCAGAAAGAAAACCAAUAGUAACUCAUUCAUUCUCAUCCUGUGGUUGCAUUUCUAGAGUACCUUCAGUUUUUGCUGUUGCAAAUACAGAUAAAAUUAUAGCUUCAACAAAUAGUACAACUGAUAAUAAUACUCCUCACUCUCACAAUCAUUCAAAUGAAUGCGAUUCAACUGAUCAUUCUCAUCACAAUCACAAUCAUACUCAUAAUCCAAAACCAAAUUAUUUCCCAUUAGAUUAA